CUGCAAGCCCUCAUUUGCUACCUCAGUUUCUGCUCUCGCAACAUCAUGCGCUUCUCCAUCCUCGUUUUCGCUCUUCCGGCGCUCGUCGCUGCCACCGGUACGCCGGCCAGCUGCAGCGGUGGCGGCGUGUACUGCUGCAACAAGACCGUCGACCACAACGACAAGUCCAUUCAGAAGCAGCUCUCCCUGGUCGGGGUGACGGCGGGUAGCAUCCAUGAUCUGGUUGGGCUCACCUGCACGCCGAUCACCGCUAUUGGCGUCGGCAGCGGCGCGCAGUGCAGCGCUCAGUCUGUGUGCUGCAGCAAGAGCUACCAGAAUGGUCUAGUCAACGUCAACUGCACGCCCAUCAAGAUCCUGUGAUCGGUAGUUCGAUGAAGGGCUUAGCGGAGCUACUUCCUCUGGCUGGCCUUGCAUCGCAGACUCCGGAGGGAUAGCGUAACGUACUUGUCGCUAUUUGUUAUAUCUUGCUGUAGAAUCAAGCCCUACGUGACUAUCUGUGC